AUGUCCCUUGAAAGUCUUUUUGGUAGAGUUCCUCAGAAAAUGCCGAUUAAAAUUAAAGACACAGAAGAAUCUGUUAUCGAAACACUUAUAUCAGACUAUAUUAGUCAACCCUAUAAUUACACUGUCAAGGUGGUCUUUCCACAUGAUAAUUCCCAAUUCAAACAUUUUAAAACAACAAUUCGCCCACAAGAAUUAAUAAUUUUAAUAGUUGGACAAAUAGAAAUUAUAGCUAACGAAUUAUAUGUCUAUGCUAAUGAUAUCAAUUUUAUCAAUACUCAUUUUAUUACUAAAAAAAAGAAACUUCCUGAUACUGAAUUACCUUCAACUAAUCCAAUUCCAAAUCCAACACGAUAUAAACUUCUUAAUGUUCAUUAA